UCAGGAGGGUUGAGGUACCACUUCCCGCUUGCAUACGCCCAAAUGCACCAGACGAUGCAUGCCAUAUAUGAACGCGACGAUGAACUUGAGCCGAACUUCCCUGGGGUCAGCGUUCACCCGUUGUGCACGGUGAACAUGGGUCCUCACACCGCGACGGUGGAUCAUCUCGACAAGAUGAACUAUCCCGGUUGUCCAUGCGCCAUCACUGCGCUGGGGGAUUUUGAUCCCGAUCAAGGUGGACAUCUGUAUUUCCGAUCCCCUCCGGGAAGCACGGUUAUCCUGUGCUCGGCGGCGUUGCGUCAUGGGAACACUGCCGUCGAUCCUCAAGGGAAGGAACGUCAUUCCUUCACUCAAUUCACGGCUGGGGGGCUUGUGCGCUACAAGCAGGUAGGAUUCCGGUUGGUCAAGAACGUGCCGGUAUCUCAGAGGGGGACUACCGGGCAGGAGAGGCAGUCACAGCUCGCUCGCAUCCCGACUCCUCAGUCUCUAUCUGCUGAUCGCGCCGAGAUGUUUACGCAGUUGUCAUGA